GCCAAGCUGUCGCCAUGGCGAAGCUGAUGCGAAAUGAGUGGCCUUUCGGAUGCGGAGAACUCUUCAUUUGUUCGCUGGUGAGGCACGCUCAACGCGAGCCAAGAAAUCAGUCCUUGUGAAGACCACUCAGGCAAUUUCGCAUGCGAGGCGGCAGUUCAAGUGGCAAAGCGCAUUGCAGAUCUUCUUCGAGUACACGAGAGAAAUGAAACACUCUGAGGAUGAGCCAAUUAUUGAGAUGCCAUUGAUCAACACAACGAUCACUGCAUGUGAAGUUGGCACCUGCUGGCAGAUAGCACUGGAGUUGGCCAGGCAGGCGCAGGACUUUCACCUGCGGCCCACAGCCUUUACAUUGACGGCCUUGAUGUCUGCGUGCCGACAAGGACGCCAGUGGCAAAAGGCCUUGGAGAUCUUCAGAGUCGACGUCGACGACGGCGCAGUUGAUGCAUCGCUGUUGGGGAUUGCCAUCGCAUGUCAAGCUGCAUUAUUGGCCCUUCGUUUUGGUACGUGCAAUUUAGUCGGAACUCGCGGCACAACUCUUGCAGCGCGGCCACGGGCCAUUUGUGGACCUUUGCUUUGGAUAUCUUGGCUUCAUCCCAUCAUUACGGUGUUGUGCCAACAGCUGCAGCCGAAAACGCCGGGAUUUUAGCAUGUGAAAAGGGCCGCCAGUGGGAAAUGGCUCUGUCCAUCUUCGCUAAGAUGCAGAGGCGAGAAAAGAUCUCCAUGACCACAGUGAAUUCAGUGCUUUCGGCUUGCGAAAAAGCCAGGCAAUGGAGACAUGCCCUGUCUCUGCUGCAGAUUCUGCCAUCCUUAAAGCUACAACCCAACAGAUCCAACAGCAGCAGAGUCAUCAGUGUCAAUCUGGCCAUUGGCGCCUUCGCUGCUGGGAGACACUGGCAGCAGGCCAUGGACUGCUUCCAUCAGCUGUGCCGUUCGAAUGAGGCGAGCCACACCAGCCACACCACCACGUUGUCCUCCUGCGAACGUGCCAUGCGCUGGGAAGAUGCGUUGACACUGCUGUGGGCAUGGCCUUUCAACAGUCAGAGCUCGGAGGUGGCUUCCAUUGCAGCAGCACGAGCUGGCCGCUGGCAAGAAGCGUUAUCUCUGGUUCAAGGUCAUUUUGGAAGGCAGCAACUGAUUCAAUCUUGCGAGCAGUCUGGCUGCUGGGGUCGCUCUGUGCAGCCCAACAUUGAGCAUUCAGCUCGUUUGGUUGAGACGUUACAUCGAUGGAAGGUGGAGCUGCCAAAAACAGGAGAGGUUGCACUUCGGGGUGUUGGAAAGCAUUUGGCGAUUUUGAUGCACCCUGGGACAGCUCCCAGCAAUGCGAUUUGGUGCUUGACUGCACGGGAUUGGCAGGAGGCUAGUGGUAUUGCGUUGAGAAGCCUUGAGCAGUGGUAAUUCCUGCGGGUCAAGAGGUGCUGCCAUGACAGCAGAGGAAAAGAA